GCUGGUAUUUUCUGCGAGUGUCGUUGGUUUCAAAAUGAGCGAAAUAAUUUGUGAUAGAAAGAAACCGUUUUCCUGUCUGGAAAAAGAUUUAUUUCUUAAGUUAAUUGACAAAUAUGAUAAUAUUUUAACAUGCAAAAAAACAAAUGGUACCAGUGUUCUAAGAAAAAAGCAGGCAUGGAAUAGAAUACAAGAUGAAUUUAAUUCAUCUCCAAUCGUUUCGCAUAAAGCCUCAGUUAAACAACUUACAAAGCUGUGGUACAAUAUGAAGGCAAAAGCUCGAGAAGCAAAAACUAGAGAAAAUGUUCGCUUCUUGACAGGUGGAGGUCCAUCAGUGGAAGACAUGGACACAAUUGAUGCUAAAGUUAUAGCAAUUGACAAAAAUAUUUUAACAAAUAUUGAAGUGGACAUUGACAGUGAUGUAAAUGGUAAAUAUUUUCAGUUUUAUAAUCCUAUAUUAUUAUAG